AUGUGUGAUAAAAUGAUGCAUAUCCGGCCUGGUAAGGUGCCGUUGACGAAUGAUCGCUUGGUGGUGUGUGACUGUCAAUACGUCUGGUAUAUGAGGUGCAGACGGCGUGCACAUCAUCCAGUGCCAUGUGAAUUUGCCAACUAUUAUUACGAUUUUCUCCGAAGAAUCGGUGAUAAUGAUAAGGUAGAGCUUAACGUUGUGAAUGCGAAAAAAUGUUCGAAUUGCGCUUUCGGUUAUCAACGCUAUAAAGGAUGCAGAUAUGUGCAAUGUCCUGCAUGCAGCACUCCUUUUUGCGAUGAUUGUGGCGCAAUAGUGAAAUAUCUCGAAAGGCAUGAAUGUCAAAAGGAUGCUCCAGAACGAAUUCUGCUAAUUGAUGUGCUUCCGAACAAUAACAGCGCAAUGACGGGACUGUACCAGAAACUUCUGUGGCAUUAUCGCCUCGUAUACUAA